AUGUCCGAUGAUUACGAAACCUUCAAGCUUGGAGACUGGGAGCUCCAGUGUGGAGAAAAGAUACCGGAUGCCCACAUCGCAUACAAAACCUUUGGUGAUCCCAAAUCACCAGCGAUCAUUUACCCCAGCUGGUUCUCUGGCAUGAUAUCCGAUAAUUUCUGGCUCAUCGGAGAAGACAAAACUCUCAACCCUGACAAAUUCUACAUCAUCAUCCCCGCUCUCUUUGGAAACGGACAAUCGUCUUCGCCUUCAAAUCAAUCCACUCCCGCACCCUUCCCCAAAUGCUCCUUUUAUGAUAAUGUCCGUGCCCAGCAUGAGCUCGUCACCAAACACCUAGGUAUCACCCAUGCGCGAGCCGUGAUCGGAUGGUCCAUGGGAGCGGCGCAGACUUUCCAGUGGGCAACUCAGUAUCCCGAGUUUAUGGAUAUUGCGGUGCCGUUUUGUGGAUCAGCGAGGACGUCCUUGCAUAAUCAGGUUUUUUUGGAAGGUGUUAAGAGCGCCCUUAUUGCUGUGAAGGAUACGAGGUCUGCUGGUUCUGGCGAGAUUGGCGUUCGAGAAGGGCAGCCGGAUGUUCGGGUUUGGUCUGCGAGAGAGAAGGAUGUUGGUCUUAAAGCGUUGGGGAGGGUAUAUGCUGGCUGGUUUCUUGCUGACAAGAUGGUUGAAUGGAUAGGGGGGUUCAGUCAGGCAUUCUACAGACACAAGCUGUACGAGACUGUGCUCGGAUUCAAGGGACUCGAGGACUUUAUGCAGAAUUUCUGGGAGAAGUGGGCUUGCUCUAAAGAUCCUGAAAACCUGCUCGUCAUGAUCCAGACAUGGCAGAACGGCGAUGUCUCCAAGCAAGAGCCAUACAACGGAGACUUUGAGAAGGCUCUGGCAUCUAUCAAGGCGAAAACUUUAGUUUUACCUGCUAAGACGGAUUUAUAUUUCCCGCCAGAGGAUUCGGAGUAUGAAGUCGCCUCUAUGAAGCCCGAUAUUGGGAAACUGGAUGUCUUUCCUUCAAUUUGGGGUCACUGGGCAGGAGGGCCUGGAGAUAGCAAAGAAGAUGUUGAAUGGCUGGACAGACAAUUGGCAGGAUUCUUUGCCGAGAAUAAACCAGAUCGGGUUGCUGCGCUGGCUCAGAAACUAACCAAGGCGCUAUAG